AUGGAAGAGGACAACGAAGACAGUCAUUUUCGAAUUCUCGUCAAUGGCAACAUGGUCAAGUACAUCACCAUUGAACCGGGCUUAUACACCGAAGAAGACAUGUGUUUCUCCCCCAUGCUCAUGCUGAUACUCCCACCGUUCCCGCCUGGCGACUGGAAUGAAGCCUCGGUAACACGGGAUCCGGAAACCAGCCUCAUUUCUUUCACGAACGUUGUGCAUCGGCCGCUGGUCGGCGUGACAUCGAUCUGGCAUCCGAACAAGGUGGACUACUUCGACCUCCGACUCGGCCGGAAGUGGAAGUCUGCAGUGUAUGAAGCAGAGGUACUCGUUAAGGACGGCAACUCGAUUGAAUGUUUUGCCAAAUAUGCCAGAUUCGAAUUGGAAAUCACAGCGAUUAAUUACGAAACUGCCGCGUAUGAAUGUCUCGACGGAGAAGGAAUUGGUCCCGCUUUUCUAGGACAUUUGACCGAACAUGGCAGAGUGAUUGGUUUUCUCAUCGAGAAAAUCCCCAAUGCGAGACAUGCGGGCCCAGAGGAUCUGGAAUUAUGUCAGAAGGCGCUUGCGAAAUUACACAGUCUGAGCAUUAAACAUGGCGAUACGAAUAAACAUAACUUUCUCAUCAGUGAGGGACGCGCGAUCAUCAUAGACUUUGACUGUGCCGAGAAGUGCUCGGAUCGGGAUGAAUUGGAGAGGGAACAGCAGGGCUUGGUGGCACAGCUGAAUGAUACUUCGGGUCGAGGUGGCUGGAUACCUGGUUCUUAUGCAAAUUGAAUCAUGAACCAUCAACCCAGAAAUUCAGCAGGAUGAGGAGAAAGCGAAGAAGAAAGCGGAGAAGGAGAAGAAGUGAACGUCAGAUCAAACAGCUGCAGACGUCACAUCCAGAGCAUCGCUGUCAUCAGUAGUAUUCAAGACUGUACGAAAGUGAAGCUCCAUUUGCUUGUCGUACUCAGCCUUAUCGCGAACUUUCUGCAUCACGUCCUUCUCCGAAUCUAACGACCAGAAUGCGGACAUGGUUUUCGCCCAGCUUCUCUCUUCGUCCACUGAGAGGUCCACACCGAAUUUCUUAUAAAUGUGAUCCUCUAAGCAGCAGGGCAUCCCGUUGACCGAUGUCAGGCAGCGGUAGAACCAACACGAGUCCGUAUCCCAAGCUUCUUGUAUCGACUUGGCAAGUGAAAUAGUACUCCCAGUGCGACCUUCCUCCUCGCGGAGAUGGUCCAAGAAGGCGUUGUGCAUGAUGCGAAAAGCGUGCAUGUGCUUACAAACCUCAUCGAUGGCAUCCACUUUGAGCCAAUAAGGUACAGUCAUCAUGCUCGGAGGCAAGGCGCAGAUGAAUUCGAAGUCGAUAAGCGCCACGAUGUUCCACUGGUCAUCCACGAAGAUGUUGCUCGGGUGAAAAUCUGUAAACUGUAGUACAAAUGGCCCUUCGGAUUGGCUGUCGAUGAAGUGAUGUUUCAAGAGUCGCAGUAAAACCAUGUGAAGCAUCUGGAGACGGCAAUCCUCUUCAUCAUGGACAGCGUUCGGUUGAGCACGGAAAGCUUCGUCGCGGAAUUGAAUCAUGUCAUCGAUGAAACUCCCCAGUGUCGUGUAUGUCCUGUUCACAGUGCGGGGUGCACCUUCGCUCUCCAGGAUGGUGUUAGUACAGAGGAUAGGGCGAUUGGAGAGAGUGGUAGAGCCAUCGUCGUUGAAUCGAAGCGAGCCGAUAUGGGACUGUGUCUGUCGGGCAAGGGAGAGCAUCACUCGACUGAUGCCUCGAAACAGAUUCUGCAUCCUGACAGUGUCCGUCUCCGGAAGUUCGGGCAAGGUCUCUGAUAGCAUUCGCCCUAUUUGUCUGUCGAUGUAGUCUAGCAAUAGAUAUGGACGAUGGAACUCCAUAUUAGUAGGAUCUCGAAAAUGGCCCGGCUCGGAUCGGUGAUGGGUAAACUGUAGCUUCUUAGCAUAGGCAUAUACUAAGAAUCGAUAUGCGCGUCUGCUGGAAGGAACAGGGCCCGGACUAAAAGUACCUGCAAAUCAGUGCAAAACCCGAAUGCGUGUAAUUGGGGAAUUGGUAUUUCGGGGCAGUUCUUUUCUAUCCAGACAUAAGCCGCAACUUCAGCCCUAAUUUUCUCCUCUACAGCGCCAGAAAAGUUUUGUUCCCCCACCUUAUGGGGCAUCGGACAUCGAAAGAUUUUCCUACGCGUCUCGCCAUCGCCGUCCUGCACAUUGAUGAGGACGCAUAUAUUGAAUUGGCCUUUCAACCACGAGUCCAUGGGUUGAACAGUGCAAAUGGCUGAUGAACCAGAUAGUCCAAGAUGGUGUGCUGCAAUUGCUUCGAUGGCUUUUCUGUCAUGCCAUAGAUCUUGGUAUAGUUGCUUCGUAGCCUGAGAUUGAUGGAACUUGGCGAGAAGGUUGCG